GGGCGGCCGCGCUGCCUUCCUCCCUUCCUUUCUCCCUUCUCCCUCCCUCCUCUCCCCCCUAACCCCCGCUGCCUCCUUAUCAGCAAUUCAGAUUGCAUGCAAAUCUGCGCGCUUUCUUCCAGGGCCACGGCAGCGAGCGCCGAGCGCUUCUCGGCGGCUUCGGGGAGCCAGAUCUCCACCUCCUCCUCCUCCUCCUCCUCCUCCUCCUCCUCCUCCUCCUCCUCCUGGGAUUUUCCUCCUUCUCCCCUCCCCUGCUCUCCCCUCCCCUCGCUGCCUCCCUCCCUCCCUCCUCUCUUUCUUUCCUCCUUUUCACCUCCUGGAACAAAAGUGGCCCUUUCGGCUGCGCCAGCGCUGCCUGCGAGCGGGGCCGCUUUGUCUGCGGGGCACCGGCACCGGCACCGGCACCGGCUCCGGGCCGCCCCCGGCACCGGGCCCAUGGGCACCCCGCGGGCGGCCGCUGCCCGGCCGCUGCCGGCGCUGCUGGCCCUGGCAAUGGCACUGGGACUGGGAUUGGCGAGCUGCCCCGAGCGGGAGCUGGAGCGCAGGGAGGAGGAGGCCAACGUGGUGCUCACGGGCACGGUGGAGGAGAUCAUGAACGUGGACCCGGUGCACCACACCUACUCCUGCAAGGUGCGGGUCUGGCGCUACCUGAAGGGCAAAGACAUCGUGACCCACGAGAUCCUGCUGGACGGGGGCAACAAGGUGGUGAUCGGGGGCUUCGGGGACCCCCUGAUCUGCGACAACCAGGUGGCCACGGGCGACACGCGCAUCUUCUUCGUCAACCCCGCCCCGCAGGCGCUGUGGCCCGCGCACCGCAACGAGCUGAUGCUCAACUCCAGCCUGAUGCGCAUCACCCUGCGCAACCUGGAGGAGGUGGAGCACUGCGUGGAAGAACAUAGGAAGCUUCUCGCCGACAAACCCAACAGCUACUUCACGCAGACGCCGCCGCCGCCGCGGGAUGGCUGCCGGGGGAUGCUGUGUGGCUUCGGGGCCGUGUGUGAGCGCAGUCCCUCGGAGCCGGGCCAGGCCUCGUGCGUGUGCAGGAAGGGUCCCUGUGCCCCCGUGGUGGCCCCGGUGUGCGGCUCCGACCACUCCACCUACAGCAACGAGUGCGAGCUGGAGCGGGCCCAGUGCAACCAGCAGAGGAGGAUCAAGGUCAUCAGCAAGGGACCCUGCGGCUCCAAGGACCCCUGUGCAGAGGUGACCUGCAGCUUUGGCAGCACCUGUGUCCCCUCCCCGGACGGCCAGGCCGCCAAGUGCGUGUGUCCCUCGUCCUGCGGCGGCGUCCCCGAGAGCCCCGUGUGCGGCAGCGACGGCCGCGACUACCGCAGCCUGUGCCACCUCAACAAGCACGCCUGCGACAAGCAGGAGAACGUCUUCAAGAAGUUCGAUGGGCCCUGCGACCCGUGCCAGGGUGUCCCGAGCGACCCGAGCCGCGUGUGCCGGGUGAACCCUCGGACACGGCGGGCGGAGCUGCUGCCCCGGCCCGAGAGCUGCCCCCCGAGCGGGGACCCCGUGUGCGGCGACGACGGCGUCACCUACGGCAGCGAGUGCGCCAUGGCGCGCGCGGGGGCCCUGCGGGGGAUGGACAUCCAGAAGGUGCGCUCGGGGCAGUGCCAGCAGCAGGACAAGUGCAAGGACGAGUGCAAGUUCAACGCCGUGUGCCUGAACCGCCGCGGCGCCGCGCGCUGCUCCUGCGACCGCAUCACCUGCGACGGCGCCUUCCGACCCCUGUGCGGCCGUGACAGCCGCACCUACGGCAGCGACUGCGAGCGGCGCAGGGCAGAGUGCCUGCAGCAGGCCAGCAUCCCCACCAAACACAGCGGGCCCUGCGACCUGGGCGCGCCCAGCCCCUGCCUGAGCGUGGAGUGCGCCUUCGGGGCCACGUGCGUGGUGAAGAACCAGGAGGCCGUGUGCGAGUGCCAGCAGCAGUGCCAGGGCCGCUACGACCCCGUGUGCGGCAGUGACCAGCGCACCUAUGGCAACCCCUGCGAGCUGCGCGCCAUGGCCUGCGUGCUCCAGAGGGACAUCGGCAUCAAGCACAAGGGGCCCUGCGACCGCUGUGGCAAGUGCCAGUUUGGUGCCAUCUGUGAGGCAGAGACGGGGCGCUGCGUGUGCCCCACCGAGUGCGUGCCCUCGGCUCAGCCCGUCUGCGGCACCGACGGCAACACCUACAGCAGCGAGUGUGAGCUGCACGUCCGCGCCUGCACCCAGCAGAAAACCAUCCUGGUGGCUGCCCAGGGCCACUGCCAGUCGUGUGGCAGCUCUGUGUGCUCCUUCGGGAGCCGCUGCGUGGCCGGGCAGUGCCUGUGCCCGCGCUGCGAGCGCCAGCCCCCGGCCCCGGUGUGCGGCACCGACGGCGUCACCUACGGCAGCCCCUGCCAGCUGCAGGUGGCCUCGUGCCAGCUGCAGAGGAGCAUCGAGGUGGCCAGGAUGGGACCCUGCGAGGACGAGUGCGGCUCGGGGGGCUCUGGCUCGGGAGAUGGCAGUGAGUGCGAGCAGGAGCGGUGCCGGCAGUUCGGGGGCUGGUGGGACGAGGACGCCGAGGAUGAGCCCUGCGUGUGUGACUUCACCUGCCUGGCCGUGCCCCGCAGCCCGGUGUGUGGCUCUGAUGGUGUCACCUACGCCAGCGAGUGCGAGCUGAAGAAGACGCGGUGUGAGAAACGCCAGGAGCUCUUUGUCACCAGCCAGGGAGCCUGUAGGGCCCUGGCCACCACCCCGCCGCCCCUGCUGGUCACGCACUGCAGCCAGAGCGUCUACGGCUGCUGCCCGGACAACGUCACGCUGGCGCUGGGCGUGGGAGCGGCCGGAUGUCCCAGCUCGUGCCAGUGUAACCCCUACGGCUCCUACGGUGGCUCCUGUGACCCGGGCUCGGGCCAGUGCUCCUGCAAGCCCGGCGUGGGCGGCCUCAAGUGCGACCGCUGCGAGCCCGGCUUCUGGAACUUCCGCGGCAUCGUCACCGACGGCAGGAGCGGCUGCACGCCGUGCGGCUGUGACCCGGUGGGCUCGGUGCGCGAUGACUGCGAGCAGAUGUCGGGGCUGUGCUCCUGCCGGACGGGCGUCACGGGCAUGAAGUGCAACCAGUGCCCCCACGGCGGCCAACUGGGCACCGCCGCCUGCCAGGAAGACCCCACAGCCCCCAGGUCGUGCGAGGAGCUGAGCUGUGACUUCGGGGCCUCGUGCGUGGAGGUGAAUGGCUUCGCCCACUGCGAGUGCCCGUCCCCGCUGUGCUCCGAGGCCAACAUGACCAAGGUGUGUGGCUCCGACGGUGUCACCUAUGGGGACCAGUGCCAGCUGCAGACCAUCGCCUGCAGGCAGGGCCAGCACAUCACGGUCAAGCACCUGGGGCAGUGCCACGAGUCCGUCACCCCCGCGGGCCCCCCGGUGCCCCCCACGCCGCUGCCCACGCUGCCCCUGGACCGGCUCCUGCUGCCCGCGCCCCCUCGGGCCCCGGAGCCCACCGGGGCGGCCACCACUGUCCCCACCGAGGCGGCCACCACUGUUCCCACCGGGAUAGCCACCGCCCCAUCGCCGCGAGCCGAGCCCACGCAGAGAGGCCACCCCACCACGAGGCGUGUGACAACGGCCAGGCCGGCCACCACGGCCUGGGUCACCCACGGCGUGCACAAGGCCACCGUCCGCCCGCUGGUCACCGUGCCCGUGCUGGCGGCCACCGGCCGGCCGGGCUACGGCGAGUCCGGCAGCGCCGAGGGCAGCGGGGACCAGGAUGCGGGUGGCAGCGGGGACCAGGAGUCCAGCGGGGCCGGAUCUGCCGGUGAGGAGGAGCCGGACGAAGGCCAGGUGAUGCCCACGCCCGCCAUCGAGAGGGCCACGUGCUACAACACCCCCCUGGGCUGCUGCUCCGAUGGCAAAACCGCGGCUGCUGAUGCAGAGGGGAGCAACUGCCCAGCCACCAAAGUGUUCCAAGGAGUGCUGAUCCUGGAGGAGGUGGAGGGCCAGGAGCUGUUCUACACCCCAGAGAUGGCUGACCCCAAAUCCGAGCUCUUCGGGGAGACGGCGCGGAGCAUCGAGAGCGCGCUGGAUGAGCUUUUCCGUGCUUCUGAUGUCAGGAAGGAUUUCAAGAGCAUCCGAGUGCGGGACCUGGGCCAGAGCAGCGCUGUCAGGGUCAUCGUGGAGGCCCACUUUGACCCAGCCACGUCCUACACGGCCGCCGAUAUCCAGGGGGCUCUGCUGAAGCAGAUCCGAGCUUCCAAGAAAAAAACCAUCCUGGUGAAGAAGCCCCAGACGGAGCACAUCAAAUUCAUGGAUUUUGACUGGAUCCCGCGGCUCUUCACCACCACCGUCACCACCACCACGGCCACCACCAUGGCCCCGGCCACCACCCGCCGGCUCCCCGCGGCCACCGCGGCCCCGGGCCAGCCCCCGGAGCCCAUGGGCGGCACCAGGAGGCCGAGCCCCGGCGGGGGCCGCGGGAAGCCCACCCGGCAGCCCCCCGGCACCGGCAGAGCCCCCCGGCCCUGCGAGUCGCAGCCCUGCCUGCACGGCGGCACCUGCCAGGACGACGGGCAGGACUUCACCUGCAGCUGCCCCGCGGGGAGAGGAGGGGCUGUGUGUGACAAAUCUGUCGGGUACUUCAUCCCCAGCUUCGGGGGCAAAUCCUUCCUGGCCUUCAAGACGAUGAGGGCCUACCACACGGUGAGGAUUUCCAUGGAAUUCCGGGCCCUGGAGCCCAGUGGGCUGCUCCUCUACAAUGCCCAGAAACACGGCAAGGAUUUCAUCUCGCUGGCACUGGUGGGCGGCUUCGUGGAGCUCAGGUUUAACACCGGCUCCGGCACGGGCACGGUGACCAGCAAGGUGCGCGUGGAGCCGGGCCGCUGGCACCGGCUGGUGGUGACGCGGAACCGGCGCAGCGGAGCCCUGGCCGUGGAUGGGGAGCCCCACGUCAGCGGGCACAGCCCCCCGGGCACCGACGGCCUCAACCUGGACACCGACCUGUUCAUCGGGGGCGUGCCCGACGAGCACAUGGCCCUGGCGGCUGAGCGCACGGCGGCCUCGGCGGGGCUGCGGGGCUGCAUCCGCCAGCUGGGCAUCAACAACCGCCUGCACGAGCUGCGCCAGGGCGCCGGCGACGUCCUCUACGGCAGCGCCGUGGGCGAGUGCGGCACCGAGCCCUGCCAGCCCAACCCCUGCCAGCACGGCGGCACCUGCCACGCCAGGGAGGCCGACAUGUUCCACUGCCAGUGUCUCGAGGCCUACACGGCUUCUCCCCCUUGUCAUUUCUGCACCUCCACGGCCUCGGGCAGGCAGGGUUAUGCCAGGGGAGGCGGGGACAAGAUGUCCAUGGAAGUGGUGUUCCUGGCCAAGAACCCCAGCGGGAUGAUCUUCUACAACGGCCAGAAGAGCGAUGGCAAAGGGGACUUUGUGUCCCUGGCGCUGCACGAGUGGCACCUGGAGUACAGAUACGACCUGGGCAAAGGGCCAGCCCUGCUCAGGAGCAAGGAGCCAGUGCCCCUCAACACCUGGAUCAGCGUCCUGCUGGAGAGGAGCGGCCGCAAGGGCGUCCUGAGGGUCAACAACGGCGAGAGGGUGACGGGGGAGUCGCCGGUGCCCCACAUGGUGCUGAACCUGAAGGAGCCCUUCUACGUGGGGGGAGCCCCUGACUUCUCCAGGCUGGCUCGAGCGGCUGCCAUCUCCAGCGGCUUCCAGGGAGCUGUGCAGAGGAUCUCGCUGGAGGGGGUGCCCGUGCUGCAGGAGCAGAACAUCCGCAGUGCCAGGGAGAUCUCCCCGUUCCGGGGGCACCCCUGCACCCAGAGCCCCAACCCCUGCCAGCACGGGGGCACCUGCAGCCCCAGCAUGGGCACCUACGAGUGCUCCUGCCACAGGGGCUUCUCCGGAGCCCACUGCGAGAAAGUGAUCAUCGAGAAGGCGGCUGGGGAUGCCGAGGCCGUCGCCUUCGAUGGCCAGACGUUCCUGGAGUACCACAACGCCAUCACCAAGAGUCCCGAGGCGCUGGAUUUCCCCUGGGAGCCCAGCGAGAAGGCCCUGCAGUCCAACCACUUCGAGCUCAGCAUCAAAACCGAGGCCACGCAGGGGCUGCUCCUGUGGAGCGGGAAGGGGCUGGAAAAGUCGGAUUACAUCGCCCUGGCCAUCGUGGAUGGCUUUGUGCAGCUGAGCUACGACCUGGGCUCCAAAGCUGUCACCCUGCGCUCCACUGUGCCCGUCAACACCAACCAGUGGAUCCACAUCAAAGCCUCCAGGGUGCAGAGGGAAGGGUCCCUGCAGGUUGGGAACGAAGCUCCCAUCGCUGGCUCCUCUCCUCUCGGGGCCACCCAGCUGGACACGGACGGGGCGCUGUGGCUGGGGGGUCUGGACAAGCGCAGCGCGCGCCCGCGGCUGCCCAAGGCGUUCAGCACGGCCUUCGUGGGCUGCAUGCGCUCCGUGCUGCUGGACCGCCGGGAGCUGCACCUGCGCCAGGACGCGCUCAACGCGCCGCGGAUAUUGCACUGCUCGGCCCCCUAGAGCCGCCGCCGCCGCCGCCCGCCCGCCCGCCGCUGGAAUUAUUUUCUAUUUUUGUAAACUUAUUGCUUUUUAUAUUUUUGGGGGGGACGGGGAGGGCGGGAAACCCUUUUUUUGGUUUUUCCCGUGGGUUCUCCAGGCGGUGAGAGCC